CGCGACACCGAGGCAAUCGUAGCUCGUCUCAAGGGCCGUCAACCAAUCGUAGAAGCGAUACUUAUUGGGCCACGGAGCGUGUCGACCAAUUACGUAAUAGAAGGCGUCAACAAGCACUUAGCCCACGUAUUAAAGCCAAUCUGGGGGCCGAACCAGUCAGUACGCUCAGCUGGCUGGGCGGUUAGUUAGCUGUUUAUCGGUGUACGUGUAUUCAGCUCUUACGUUUUCCAGCUUUUCCAUUAAGGUAAAAGGUACAUUUCUCCACGGUAGCUCGGCGGGGCUGAAAUGUUACAAUUUAGGCUGUCGUUGGCACUCAGGGAGCUGCUCCACUUCGGUGUGAAAUACCGUUUGCCCAGUGCCGUCGGGCAUCCGAGAACACCGGCGGACCCCCGUCUGCUUCACCUCGGGGGGACGUCUCGGCUGUCAUUCUGUCCGGCCGGGGCUAGGUCCCUUUGCAGCAGGAGCGAAGGAGUGCUGGAAAAGAAAGAUGAGCCAGGGAAAGAAGCGGCGGGCGACAAGAGAAGGAAAGCAGGCAUCCUGCCCUCUCUGGAGGAUCUGCUCUUCUACACCAUUGCUGAGGGCCAGGAGAAGAUCCCAGCCCACAAAUUCAUCACAGCCCUGAAGGCUACGGGUUUACGGACCGGAGAUCCACGGCUGAAGGAGUGUAUGGAGAUGCUGAAGGUCUCCCUGAAAUCCACGUCCGAUGGCGUCAUGCUCGACCGGCACCUCUUCAAAAAGUGUGUUCAGAGCAACAUUGUCCUGCUCACCCAGGCUUUCCGCAAGAAGUUUGUCAUCCCUGACUUUCUGUCCUUCACGUCGCACAUCGAUAAGCUCUACGAGAGUGCCAAGAAUCUGUCCGGAGGACAGGUGGCGGACUACAUUCCCCAGCUUGCUAAGUUCAGCCCCGAUCUGUGGGCUGUGUCGCUCUGCACAGUUGAUGGUCAGAGGUACACAGUGGGUGACACCAAAGUGCCCUUUUGCCUGCAGUCAUGCGUGAAGCCGCUGAAGUAUGCCAUUGCUGUGCACGACCAUGGCACGGAAUACGUUCACCGCUUCAUCGCCAAGGAGCCUAGUGGCCUGCGCUUCAACAAGCUGUUUCUCAAUGAGGAUGACAAGCCCCAUAACCCCAUGGUGAACGCUGGCGCCAUCGUGUGUACGUCCUUAAUCAAGCAAGGAGCAAGUAAUGCUGAGAAGUUUGACUAUGUCAUGAACUUCUUGAACAAAAUGGCAGGAAACGAGUAUGUGGGCUUCAGCAAUGCCACAUUCCAGUCAGAGCGCGAAUCUGGAGACAGAAACUUUGCCAUCGGCUACUACCUGAAGGAGAAGAAGUGUUUCCCAGAAGGCACAGAUAUGACCUCCAUCCUGGACUUCUACUUCCAGCUCUGCUCCAUCGAGGUGACCUGCGAAAGCGCCAGCGUCAUGGCUGCCACACUGGCCAAUGGUGGCUUCUGUCCCAUCACGGGCGAGCGUGUGCUCAGCCCCGAGGCCGUGCGCAACACACUGAGCCUCAUGCACUCCUGUGGCAUGUAUGACUUCUCUGGCCAGUUUGCCUUCCACGUGGGGCUGCCAUCCAAAUCUGGUGUGGCAGGGGGAAUCCUCCUGGUGGUGCCCAAUGUCAUGGGAAUCAUGUGUUGGUCCCCCCCUCUGGACAAGCUGGGCAAUAGCGUGCGGGGCAUCCAAUUCUGCACGGACCUGGUAUCCCUCUUUAACUUCCACAACUAUGACAACCUGAGGCACUUUGCGAAGAAGCUGGAUCCACGAAGGGAAGGAGGUGACCAGCGGGUGAAGUCCGUCAUCAACCUGCUGUUUGCCGCCUACACAGGGGACGUCUCUGCACUCCGGAGAUUUGCACUGUCCUCCAUGGAUAUGGAGCAGAGAGACUAUGACUCCAGGACAGCUCUACAUGUUGCGGCGGCUGAAGGACACACAGAGGUGGUACGCUUCCUGCUUGAGGCCUGCAAGGUGAACCCUGUACCCAGGGACCGUUGGGGAAACACCCCCAUGGAUGAGGCCAUACACUUCGGGCAUCAUGACGUGGUGACCAUCCUCCAAGAGUACCACAACUCAUACAGCCCACAGGAGGGCCCCACAGACAAGGAGUUGGCACAGAAGAACCUGGAUGGCAUGCUGUAGGAGGUGUGGUGUGGCACCAGACAGUGCCACCAGCAGAGGGCCCCAGAUGCAGCUGACACUACACAGUGUUUCUGUGAAAGAGGGAUGUAAAGUUUUUCCUUUCUUGUUAAUUACUGUGUUUCACACUUUAAGAAGUGAACUCAUUAUAGUCAGGCUAUACUGCAGAGUUCCAGCUGUAGCCUUACUGAGGGGCUUUGUGUGUAUCUCUGUGUAGAAACACCGUAUGCAUGUAAAUUGAAUAGUAAUUUAUGUUUAGUUUAACAAAGCAUCACUUAUCUGGCAAUCAGCAUGAUUAAGGGAAGUGCAGCUCCUCACAGGACUCUAGUCCUUUAAAAAGCAGCUUGUGAAUGUCAAAGUUCAGACACCAUCGCCGAAACUCAGGAGCUGGACAUGUGAAGAACCUGGGGUUGCCUCUGGCUGACAGAUGGAGGACAAAGACCUAACGUGUGUGUAUAGUCGGCCUGAACCGCACCUUGUAUGUAUCAGGCCCCCUUUAGGUGUAGUAUUUAGUUACUUAAAUGACAGUAUUUUUCUACAUUCUGGCAAAGUAUUUAAUGAGGCUGUUGUACAGCGAGUGUUUAUCUUCAGGGCAGGAUGUGGUCUGGUCACAGCUCACUGUAAAACAAUUUUUGUGCUCUAGGGCAGGGUGCAUUUCACCACUAAAGUUUUAUUUAUUUAGCAGAUUUUUAUCUGAAGCAACACAUAAUUGAAAGUAGUGUAAGACAGUCCCUGGACCAAUUUGGGGUUUAAGUGCCCAAGGGUGAGGUUACACUGCAUAUCCUGGGAUUUACACUGGUAACCUUCUGAUCACAGGCACAGCAUCCUGACUCACUGAGCCCUGGACCUUUCUAGUUAGGUUAACCCAAAGCUAAGUGGCUAGUGUUCCAGGUUAUAUGUUUCUCUGCUUACGACGGUGAGCUAGACCAUCUGUCAAUGCUGCAUCUGGUGACCGCAUCUCUAGGGGUGUGUGCUUCCUCACAGUGCCAGAGCUGAAGCUUAAAUUCAGGUUUUGAAAGUAUUCAUUUCCUUCUGCCUGUGCCCUAGAGACCCCCCAACCACAUCCAACUGUGUGUGUGUGUGUGUGUGUGUGUGUGUUUGCAUAGAUCACAUUUGAGGACCAAAUUGUCCCCAAAGUGUAGUUAAACCUGAAAUUUCCCUACUUUUAGGGACAUCUUUUGAG